AUGCAUGCAUGGGUGGUGCGUGUAUAUAGGUCAUUUACUACCAACGACGGCAUCCCCAGGGGAUUAAUUAAGAGAGAAAGCCAAGCCAAGCCAAGCCAAGCCAAGCCAAGCCAUGCAAGCAGGCUAAUCCUAUUGCUAUUCCCUAGCCAACAACCAACCAACAAUAUACAAUAUGCCGCAUGUUUACAAGCAAGAAAGGACAGACAGGCUAAAAGCGGAGCGGAGGGGGAUAUGAAGGGAUGUAUGUAUGUCUUGCGGAAGGCUGGAGGAGGAGCGGGCGUGGGGAGGAUAUCAAAAACCAGGUCAAUGGAAGAUGAGGAGGAUGAUGAUGAGGAAGAUGAGGAGGAUGAUGAUGAGGAUGAUGAUGAUGAUGAUGAUCAAGAUGAAGAUGAAGAUGAUAUAUGUAUGAGGGAGAAGAAGAAGAAGAACCAAGGAUACCAAUCUCUCACCGUCUCAACCGGAAAAGAGGAACAAGCGUCAGCACCGCUGGCGAUGAUUGAACAGAAACAACCUCAAGUUGCUGGGGGAUGAUGCUUCGGUGGGAGAAAACCGAAAUGAAGCUUGAAUGCAAUGCGCAGGACAGGACAAAUGCUGGGAGGGACCGGGGGAGGGGCUUGAAUUAAGGAAAGACGUGAUCAUGUCGGGUGAUGUGAUGAUACUGAUGAUGAUGAUGAUAAUGAUGAUGAAACAUUCCCAACUCCAUGAUUCCGAUAAGGAUAGACAGUGCUGCAAACAAAAAUGAAUGUCGUCAUGAUCACAGUUCGUAUGCUUUUGACAUCCGGGUCAACCAAGGGCCAGCCAAUGGUAAGCAUCAAAGGAGAGACCGUUAUAUGCGAUCGUAUUAAGGGUUGAGCAAUCCGUCCGACAGGCGCAUGAAUCGUCGCCGAGAUCCAGUCGCUGCAUGCAGGCACUCUACUCGUUCCAGUC